AUGGAGGGUAAAAGGGGAAAAAGAGGAGAUCAACCAGGAGGCCUCCCCCUACAGGAGGACUUGCAUAGCAUAGCAAGUGACGAUGAUACUGAGACUCCGGUUUUUCCUCAGAGCAAUGCUGAUGCCCCGGUUAGCCAGGUGAGGUUGGAAUUGGGGGUGGAGUUUGAGACUCUGAACCAGUUCAGGAAGGCUGUCCGAAAGUUUAAUAUCCACAUUGGCAGGAGCAUAUUCUUUGCUCCUUGUGACUCAACAAGAUCCAAGGCUAUAUGCUAUGAUGAGGACUGUCCUUGGCAAAUCUACUGUGUCAAGAGAACGUUUCCCGCAAGCUAUCAGGUAAAGACAUUUGUUAAUGAACACACUUGUAGCAGAGAUAAUUACUGUAAGUCAGCAGAUGGGAAAUGGGUAAUUGAUGAGCUAGAGGAGAGGAUUAGAGUUCAACCAAACUUAACAGUGAGGGAGGCUGACCAAUAUUUCAGGUCUGAGUAUGAUGUACUCAUCAAUGAGAGGAAAUUUUACAGAUCUAUGAAGAAGGCGAAGGAGAGGAUUGAGGGUUCCGAGAUUGCACAGUAUGCAAGACUGCGUGAUUAUGGUAAUGAAAUACUAAAGACAAACCCUGGCUCGACAGUAAGGAUACAUACGAAUCCUAUGCCUGAUUCGAAUCCUUUGUUUCUGAGGAUAUAUGUAUGCUUUGAUGCGUGCAAGAAGGGAUUUGUGGGAGGUUGUAGACCUUUAAUAGGUUUGGAUGGGAUCUUUCUUAGAGGGUACUACGGGGGGCAGUUAUUGACAGCAAUAGGACAGGACGCAAAUAAUCAUAUCUAUCCGAUUGCCUAUGCAAUUGUGGAGUCAGAAAAUAAAGAAAGUUGGAAGUGGUUCCUAGAGAUACUACAAGAGGACGUCGGAGAUUUUCAGGCAAAUGGCUUCAACUUUAUGUCAGAUAUGCAGAAGGCCGGGGAACAGCUGGUCGGGGUGGAUUUCAUAGCAGGGGACGUGGAAGGAAAGGCGCAUUCAGUGGAUCAAAAAUAG